AUGGGGACAGUGCAGGCCCAUGUCAUAGUGGAGAAGCAUGCCCGCCUCUCCAUGAAAUCAGUGACCCACAGAUGCAGGGAUCUGUUUGCUGACCACUUGGUGCUUGGCAUAUGGACACAGAAAGAUGGAGCUUUAGUCCAGGGACUGGUGAAAAUAUCUAAAGAAGAAAGAGCACUGCACUGGGCCCAGAGGCCCAGGAUCCUGGCCCCACCUCAGCUGCCUGAGUGGCCUUGGGUGCCCCAGGCCAGCCCCUCGGAGCAGCAGCAGGGGUUUGCUGAGAAGCCAAGGGUCCUGAAGCUCCUGCAGCUCCCCUACCUGUGGGUGGGCUUCAAUCCGUUCUGUGGCUCCAUCCAAGACCUUGCUCCUGAACUCCAGGCUGAAGUUUUCAACUGUGAAGAGGACACGUCUUUCCAGGGCCUCAUCAUCGCGCCGCUGGCGAGUGUUCAGAAAGGGGUCGGUCUGAAUGGCACUUGCUUUGGAAAGAAGUUCUGGCAGCGUGGGCGGUGGGCGGUGCAGGGAACAGCGGAGAAAGCCCCUUCAAUGCCUCUAACAAGCACUGGUCUCGCGCUGGCAUUAGCUGUGCUUGGGUUUCCUGGGUUUAGCGACCUAAGGGGUUUACAGCGCACGGAAGUCUCUGCCCAGCUCUCAGCGCGCAUCGCCAGGGACUGGACUGAAGCUGUGGCCCGGGAUGGGGAGGACGCUGGCGGCCUCCGAAGCAGGGUCUACGGCGGGGAAGGGCGAGCGCCGUCUGGCGGUGGCUGCGCGUGGCCAGCGCUGACCCAAGCUCGGUUCGGCCGGCGCUGCCGCGUGUGCUCCGGGCGGAGCGAGGGUCCUCGGAGCCCGGGCUUGCAGUGGCUGUUUGGUGGCCAUUCUCCGUCCCUUGGACUUCCCCCAUCUUCCACAGUGGAGCUGGUGCCCAUCUUCCCACAUCUCUGCCCUUCUGCUCUUGCAACUCCUAUUGGGAAAAGUUGGAUAGAUAAAAGGAUUCCUAACUGUAAGAUCUUUUUUAAUAAUUCCUUUGCUCUGGACUCAACGUGGAUACAUCCUGAGGAGUCAAGAUUGUUCCAUGGGCAUGAAAAGCCUCAUUUGCUGGCAAAUCAAGUCGCUGUGUCUCUGUCCAGGCCGGGUCCUGCCUCCAGGCCACUCCCCACAGUGGUGUUAGCACCUCAGCCCAUCCCAGGUGGCUGCCAUAACAGCCUUAAGCCGACCAGCAGCCCUGCCAUCACCAUCGCCACCGCUGCUGCUGCUGCCAUGGUCUCCAUGGACCCUGAGAGCCUGCGGGGCCCGUCCCCCUCCAGUGUGCAGCCGCGCCACUUCCUGACCUUGGCACCCAUCAAAAUACCCCUCCGGACGUCCCCCUUCUCAGAUACAAGGACAGAGCGGGGCCGAGUGGCCCGCCCACCUGCCCUGAUGCUGCGGGCCCAGAAGAAGAGCCGGGCUGGGGACAAAGAAGACAAGGAACCUCCACCGAUGCUGGGGGAAGGAGAGGACAGCACAGCCAGAGGCAACAGGCCAGUGGCCUCCACCCCAGUGCCCGGAUCCCCCUGGUGUGUGGUCUGGACGGGCGAUGACCGAGUUUUCUUCUUCAACCCAACGAUGCACCUGUCUGUCUGGGAGAAGCCCAUGGACCUGAAGGACCGCGGAGACCUCAACAGGAUCAUUGAGGACCCGCCCCACAAACGCAAGCUGGAGGCACCAGCAACUGACAACAGCGAUGGGUCCAGUUCUGAAGACGGCAGGGAAGACCCAGAUGUGAAAACCAAGAGGAACCGGACUGAAGGCUGCGGGAGUCCCAGGCCAGAGGAGGCAAAGAGAGAGGACAAAGGCACAAGGACGCCACCCCCACAGAUCCUCCUGCCCCUGGAGGAGCGUGUGACCCACUUCCGGGACAUGCUGCUGGAGAGAGGGGUGUCAGCAUUUUCUACCUGGGAGAAAGAAUUACACAAAAUCGUGUUUGACCCACGCUAUCUCCUGCUCAACUCUGAGGAACGAAAGCAGAUAUUUGAACAGUUUGUCAAGACAAGAAUAAAAGAAGAAUACAAGGAAAAGAAAAGUAAAUUGCUGCUAGCCAAAGAAGAAUUCAAGAAACUUCUAGAGGAAUCUAAAGUGUCUCCCAGGACCACAUUUAAGGAGUUUGCGGAGAAAUACGGCCGGGAUCAGAGGUUCCGACUUGUUCAAAAAAGAAAGGACCAGGAGCAUUUUUUCAACCAAUUCAUACUUAUUCUUAAGAAACGGGACAAGGAAAACAGACUAAGGCUGCGGAAAAUGAGAUGAGUUUGUGAAAAAUGCAAUAAGCCCGGGGGUUGGCCCUGGGUGUGCCGGGGGCAAGGAGGUCACGGUGGAGACAGACAGGGGCGUGGGGCGGCCGGCACCUGCACGACCCAGCGGGCACCGGCGCUGCGGGGUCUUCGUUCUCAGAGGAUUACUGUUUCAUAUUGAAGCUCUCUCUUUUGUACGUUCAGAGUUUGAUGCAUUUCUAAUCGUCAUGAUACGUCGAUCUCUUAAUUGUUUUAAUUAUGCAAAUUACUUGUAAUAUACACAAAUUAUCAAUACACUGCAGGACUGUGGGGAAGCGGGAACAGGAGCCUCCGUAACCAUCUCAAGGCAUUUGUGUCAUCACCUGAGACGAUUAGCGAAGACUUUUCUAAAAAACCUUUGUGAAUUACUUCGCUCCUCCAGGAUUCCCGCGGCGUUGAGGAAUUCCUUACUCUGUCCCUAGGUCUCAGUCUCGUUUCUGAGUAGCAGCAAUAGGGUUUUCAUUGUUCAUCAUAGUGACGACUGUGAGCAUCCCACACCUGGACUGUGGAUCACUUACAGGUUUCCAAGGGUGGCCGCGCGUUCCUCCCAGUGGGGCGUCCCGGUCUGGAGCAGGGAGCCGUGCUGGUUGCCACAGGUCCUACUUCAAAAGAAUUAUUUUGUACAAAACCAUCAUAUUAAUAUUUGAGUUAUUUUUAUUGUAUGCCCAGAGUUUGCAUGAGAUUUUUUCUCAUCACCUUUGUAUAAAAAAUUUUUAAUUUUUUUUAAUCAAUAAAUAUUUUAAACCAG